ACUGUGAACAAGUGCAUGUGGUAGAAGUAGGUGAUUACUGAGUCUCGACCGGGAGAAGGUGACCGAAAUCUAUGAAAAGACGAAGUUGGAGCUUGCUUAGCGUGCAACAACGACGUCAACGAUGGAAAGCACUUUACCCAUGUGGGACUUUGUGUCUCCUGAAGAAAAUGAAGUACUGAUUGAUAAGUUCAGAACAGAAAGUAAGAAGGUCAUCGACAGGUGGUCCUUGGGGAAUGCAUCUACUAAUGAGAGAGAUGCAGCAGUUUCUUUUUUGGUGCAGCUUGGAGCUGUAAGAAUCACUUUUCAGUCUAGCAGUGAUCACAUACAAUCUGAGAGACGAGUGUCCUUCCAAUUUGAAGACAGACCGCUUUUGGAGACAAAACAUGAUGGUCCUGAUACAGCAGAUCCCCCACCGAUGAAGAGUGAGGACAUCGAUAGAGAGCAAUCAAGGGCCUUGACGUCUGAUUCACAAGCAAGCAGUUCCAAAGAUGUGCCAAUGGACUGUGGUUUGGAGACAAAACAUGAUGGUCCUGAUACAGCAGAUCCCCCACCGAUGAAGAGUGAGGACAUCGAUAGAGAGCAAUCAAGGGCCUUGACGUCUGAUUCACAAGCAAGCAGUUCCAAAGAUGUGCCAAUGGACUGUGGUUUGGAGACAAAACAUGAUGGUUCUGAUACAGCAGAUCCCCCACCGAUAAAGAAUGAGGACAUCGAUAGCAGAGAGCAAUCAGGUGCCUUGACGUCUGCUUCACAAGCAAGCAGUUCUAAAGAUGUGCCAAUCGACUGUGGUGAUGAUGAGGACAAUGAAAAUUGUUCAGCAUGGAUGAGCGAAUCUAGUGAUGAUGAUGAUGAUGAUGAUACAGUAACUGCAAAGGAGGAUGAUAGAAGUGCAACUCAACAACCAAGCGAGGAACAUCCAUGUCCUAAUUGCCAUGCCAUCCUACACAGCACCUGGGAAUUAGAUCUGCACAAAGUGAACGAUUGUUCUGAGGAUCCCAUCAAGUAUGUGUACAAUUGCGAUCAAUGCACAAAGUCUUUUCUCUGGAAGCUUAAGCUAAUUUCGCAUUUACGCAUUGAUCAUAAAAUGACCCCUCAUGAUGUUAUUGUAAAACUUGAAGAAUUGGAAAGUACCAAAAUUCAAAAAGGUAUGAAAAUUAAGACAUCCAAGAAGGAAUCACACAGACGGCAAGGCCUCAGGAAAUCUAGAGCAGAAAGAAAGAGGCAAAAAGUGUCAGGGAGAAAGAAAAAGGGUGAAGGGAGUGUACAGAAAAUGAAACGAACCAGAAGCAACAUAGCAGUUGCACCUCCGAAAUUAAAGAGACUGUGUGUCCGUCUUAAAAAAAUAAAAACGGACGAUAGGAAUGAAUUCAGUUCUUCCAGCAGGCAGACAAGAUCUAGUAAGACAGCUGUGGUUUCUAAUGUAGAUAUAGCACCACAGAACUGUACUUCUAAUGAUCAUCAAAACCUAGAAGCCUUGGAUGCUAAAUCCAAUUGUGAAAGACGUGCUAUAGUGGAAGUUGGUGAAGAUGAAAUUGUGAGGGAAGAGAAGACUGAAUGUAAAGACAAUGAAAGACAGACUGUGUGGCCAGAGUCUGAGCUCAGUGAAGCUAGACUAUUAGAAGAGAAUGACCAUUCAUUAGCUAACUCUGAGAGCAGUGAUGACAAGGGAUUUACUGAUGAGAAUGUAGAUACAUGUACCCCCUCUAGCCCUACAAAUGAGAAUAUAAAAAGUGAGGUUCUCACUGACCCGAUUGUUGAUGACACCCCGGAAGUCAUGCUUGAGCCGAGUGAAGAAAUUGAUCAAAAGAAUGUUAGAAUUGAAAAGGGAAGAAAGGUAUGUGACCAAAAUACAUGUAACUCCACCAUUAGUUCAAAAUCAGAGAGUAAAGAAAGCAUUUUUAGAUGCUUGCUCUGUGAUAUGGAAUUUAAAAAGGCUUAUCAAUACCGCAAGCACAUGUUUGAUUGUCAUAAAGAAAGCAGGUAUCGGGAGUUCACAUGCAGUACAUGUGAUAAAAUGUUUUUGAAGAAAUCAAUAUACACAACUCACAUCAAAACCCAUAUGGACAGAAACAAACGUCAGAAAUAUCACUGCAAGGAAUGCAAUAAGUCCUUCUUGUCGAAGUACGAUCACAUUCUUCAUAUGGACUGGCAUGCUGAGAAAUUCAAAUGUGAAACGUGUGGUAAGUUGCUUUCGAGCAAACAAACACUGGAGAGUCAUAUCAAAUGUGUUCACAACAAGUUGAAGUACCCCUGCCACCUCUGUGAGAAGGUAUUUGCAAAUGAAAAGUAUUUAAAGUGGCAUAUAGAAGACCACGAACUAGGACGGAAAUAUAAAUGUGGAGAAUGUGGAGGAACCUUCCUCCGUCCUCAUCAACUGAAAUCACACAAGGAACUUGUCCAUUCAGGUGCCUGUCAAUGCUCUUGUGAACAUUGCGGAGCAACUUUCAAGACUCCACAGAUCUUGAAACAGCACACUGACACUGUCCACUCCCUUGUUUACAAGUACUCUUGUGAUGUUUGCGGGAAGAAAUUCAACCGCACAUCCAUCCUGAAUCGUCAUAAGAAGGUCCAUUCCAAUGACCCGAUGUUGAGGCGUUUUCCUUGUACACUGUGCGAUAAGCGUUUCAAUGAUCAAAGCAAGUUGAAGGUUCAUAUGGAUUGGCAUAAUAACGUCAGGUCACAUACGUGCGUAAUAUGCGAGAAGUCGUUUUUGACCAAAGGUAACCUAACCAAGCACAUGUUUACCCACCAGGAUAAGAAACGCCAUGAAUGUGAAAUUUGUUCUGUAGGUUUUAUAGACCUGCCACAACUAAGGAAACAUCUCAAAGUAAAGCACAAGGUCACCCUAAAAAAAAUUAACACCAAUGCAAGACUUGAAGCCACCAAGUUAGUUGAAGAUGAACACCUAGUCAAUAAAUCUGCUGCAGGGCCACUUUUACCAUCAGACUCAAGGUCUGCAGACACUGCCAACGAUGGUCCAGUUCAUCAUCAAGAACACUUGACCAAUGACAAUGUUUAUCAAGUAUCUGAGGCCAGCAUGUAUCAAGUACCUGAGCCCAGUGUCAGUGAAAGUGUAGGACAACUGCUUCUAGAAAUGGUGACUUUGUAGAUGCAUGCCAAAUUAAUCUUGAAGAUUGAUAUAUAUAUAUAUAUAUUCUGAAUAUUGCUCACAAGCUUUCGUUUGGAUGACGGAUGCUUUUAAUUUGGCAGUGAACUGCAACUGUACUGUCAUUAGGUGUACUAAAGUGUUUCUGUCCUCUGACUCUCAGAAACAGUGGGUCAUGAGGCCCCGUUGAAUGAAAUUACUAUUAUUUGGUAGCUUUACCAUCCAAUGGUAACUACCGUGGUAACGCUGAUCAACGGCCAAUCAAAAUAAGGAUCCCAUAUAAGUUACCAUUGCAUGGCAAAGCUACCAUAAUGGUAACUUUUAUGCAAUGGGCCCUGGAUUUGAAUCCCAGCCAUGUUGUCCAUUUCCGUCAGCAAGGGAGUUUCCAUGCUGUGCCGCACUCAACCAAGGUGUGGUAUGUUGACCUGGGAGCAUUAACUACAGUAAUACAUGUGCAAAUGGUUCAGUUGUCAAUUACAUCAUUGUAAAAACAUCCAUCCUAACCAUAAGCUCCCUUUUCUUGUAAACUAACAGGUACAGUAAAAUCUUGAAAACAAUGAUCACCUCUCUUGUAAUUGAUUGUGACAGGGGUGUGAGAGAUCAGAUUUUUAUCCGAUUCCCGAUUUUGGGGGUUUUGAUUUUCAGCUUAAUUUCAGCUUAUUUUUGGCUUUCCUCUGUACAAAAAGUAUGGGAGCUCUUUCUAUUUCAGAUUUUUCAACACUCUUCAGCUUUUUUCAGAUCUUUUUAUUUGUGACCACUCACCCCCCUGUUGUGAGGCAAACUGUUCAGAAUACAGUUUCCUUUUUACCAGUAGGUACCUUGUAUUGGUGAGUUUGUACAAGGAAUCCAUGUGGGUGUUUCAUCAAGCUGACCAUAAGCUACGAGUGACUUCAUGAAUGACUGGUGAUCCUUUCUUGUGGCAAAUAAUACACACCAGAUUUUAAUUGGUAUGGAUGUAGUUCCUAUUAGAAAGGGUCACCAGUCGCCCAUCCGGAGGUUAUGGAGUUUUGUCCCCACUAAACCAAUUUGGCAGAAGAGUCUACCCACUGCAGAAACAGUAGCGUUUCAAAAGCAUCUUUAGACAAGUGCAAGUCUCUAAUAUGCUCAAAUAUAGUAGUUGUAUCAAAACUGUUAUUUCUGUUGAUAUGAUAGAUAUAUCAGCUAAUACAUUUAACAAUUUACCAUUUGGAAGUAUAAAUAAUUUGAAUUCUAAUGAUACGUUGGUUUUGUUUCUAGGACUAUGCAUAGACUUUUAUACCAGCGUAUGACUGCAAAAUAGCAGACGGGUCACUUCAACUGCCCAUAUAUUAUGGACAGUUUGUCCCUCACAAUGCAGUCAAUACAUGUAUUUACAAUUGAUUGAAACUAUAGUUUACACCUUGCCAAAGACUUUUGAAUUAGCAUAAAUUGUAAUUGUAAAAUAUGAUUGUACAUUUUAUGAAUAGGCCUACAUGGCCCAUGAUAUGAGAGCAUUAAAAGCUGUAACUUUACAAUGACAUCUGACAAUAUGAACUUUGUGUAGGUUUAAGAGCCAAAAGCAAUUCCAUAUUCUUGCAUUUCAUACCGUUGCUGGUAAACAUUGCUGUAAAUAUAUAUUUCUUGUAACUCACUGUAUAA